UAAACUAUACAACUGCCCAUCUGUCAACAUGACGGCUCAUGUUAAAGCCUAACCCUCAUUCCACCACCCUCUCCCAAUUUCUUCUUCCCACCAAAUCCCCUCUCUUCUCUCUCUCUCUCCGGCCACUCUGAUCAUCUCCUUCCCCCGACGACCCUUCACCAUGGAUGAAUUAUUGCAGUAGGCAUCGAUCUUCAAGGAGUUUAUAACUUUGUAUCAACUGACACCGGCUCGGGAGAUCAUUAGUUGCAGUAUUCAGCUGUGAUCAUGGAGGGUAGAUUCAGCAACCCUUUUGUUGGCGAGCAAGUGGGUGUACGAAUUACGCCAAAAAGUGGAGGAGAAUCACCCUUCUCCGGCGUGAUCAGCGAAGGAAAGGUUACUUCUACGUCGUCCCCGAAGAGAAGUAGGCGCUCUGUACAGAAGAGGGUGGUGUCCGUACCGAUCAAGGACGUCGAUGGUUCUCGGCUCAAGGGGGAGGGAGCUCCGCCUUCCGAUUCGUGGGCCUGGAGGAAGUACGGACAGAAGCCCAUCAAAGGUUCUCCCUAUCCCAGGGGAUAUUAUCGAUGCAGUAGUUCAAAGGGUUGUCCGGCGAGAAAACAAGUGGAGAGGAGCCGCGUGGACCCCACAAGGCUUGUCAUAACGUAUGCGUGUGAACACAACCACCCUUGGCCGGCCUCCAGAAAUUCUAAUUCUACCGCUUCUCAUUCUAACACCACCGCCACCACCUCCGCCACCCGCCCCGCCGUUGUUUCCCCCGCCAACGGUAGCAGCAGUCCCCCCUCCACUACCACCGAAAAUGAUAUUUCCCCAAAAUUCCCGCCAGAAGAACCGGUUGUCUUCUCAGAUCGACCAGCUAUGGAACCGGAUGAUAGUAAGUUCGGUGAUCUGGGAGAGGAAUCAAUGAUCACCAGCGACGAUUUUAGCUGGUUCUCCGACGUGCCAUCCACCUCACCCGCCGUACUCGAGAGCACGACUUAUCCGGGGAGCAGCAGCGGGAGAGCUGACGUGGCGAUGAUAUUCCAGAUGAGAGAAGAAGACGAGUCUCUAUUUGCCGAUCUCGGCGAGUUGCCGGAGUGUUCGUUGGUUUUCCGUCGAGGGAUUUUUGAGCAAGAUGAGGAGAGCCGGCGUUGCAGUCCGGUGUGCGGGAGCACGGGAUGAGAUGAGGCCCUGCGCCAUCACCACUUGCGUUUGCGUAGCCUCCCCAGAAUCCAUAUGAUAAUAAUAUAAUCAACGGAGUGCGUAUCGUGCGCCACAAGAUGCAGAAUUUUUCCGUUUUCUUUUUUUUUUUCUUGCCUUGAUUUUGGUGUAAAAUAGUGAAAUCAAAAAAAAAAAAAAAAAAAGAGGGGAAUAUUUAAUGGCGGGGAUGCUCCGGGACCUGUCUUCAUCUCCUUGUAAUUAGUAUUAGAGUCGUCCGUUCCCAACGGCUCCCCUUCCACUUUAAUUUGGGUUUCUGCUUUGAGAUGUUAUCUGAUACAACACUCUUCUACGCAUCUUUAAUGAAUCACAUCCGAAUUGACAGAUC